AUGAACAACAGACCAGGACUGAUUAAUGCAGAUGAAGCGAGUUGUGGUGGCUCGCCUAGUUGGAGAAUCAAGAAGAGCCUAACAUGUGUGUGCUUUAACCGCAAGAGAGCUUAUGAACGCAUCUCCUCUAACUUGACACCAUUGCAGGAAGAAAGACUGAAGAGGUUGAGGAAGAGAAUGAAGAAUUACUUUGACGCGUCGCGGCCUGACCAUCAGGAUGCAUUGAGAGCACUGUGGUCAGCAACGUAUCCGGGUGAAAAGCUUCAGGCUUUGAUCUCAGACCAGUGGAAAGAUAUGGGAUGGCAAGGAAGAGAUCCAUCCACUGAUUUCAGAGGAGCUGGAUUCAUAUCAUUGGAAAAUCUUCUAUUCUUUGCCAAGACAUUCUCGACUUCUUUUCAGCGUCUGUUGAAGAAACAAGGAGGCAAAAGAGCGGCUUGGGAAUAUCCCUUUGCUGUAGCUGGCGUCAACAUCAGUGAGAGCCGGCCCUGA